UAACUAAAAUGUCAAACCCCAAUGUUGACAAUGAUGGAUUUCGUUUAGUCGGCUCUAAAAAACGUAUUUCCAAACGAAAACCCACUAAAGUGCCUGAAAGAGACUUUAAAAUUGAACAACAAGAUACUAUUAUUGACUUGGAAAAAUCUAAACAGCGAAUUCUAGCAGCUGUUGACGAUUUAAGAUCUUCACCUUACUAUCAUACAGUUACCAACUCUGUGAGUACCCUAUUGAAAAACAAGUCAGUGAUAGAAAUAGUUUGUUUGGGUUUAGGACACCUAGCCGAUUGCGCUAUUUCUCGCUAUCAAUUAGCGCUUUUGGUGUGCCUUCGCAAUCUCCUCAAACCUAGAAAAGUAUUAGUUCAUGACCCAGUGUUCUAUAAAGCUGAAUGCCAGAUUUUAAAUGACUUGGAACUUGAAGUUAUUGAGGAAAAUAAUGAAGGCAGUUAUGUAAUAUCAGGAGAAGGAGCAACAGUGGUCUAUUUACCACAUUGCCCAAAACAGCUGACCAAUAAUUUCCUUUGGAGUAAUUGGUCCCAAAAUCUACAGAACUGUGUUCUAAUUUGUAAUAGUUUCGCCUCAUUGUUUGAGAACCAGCCCAAUCGGAUUAUACUAGAAACUGUCCCUUACAUUCAUAAGAUUCAACCACAUACUACUGAGAUAGCAUUAGAAAACAAUUUCAAGUUUACAGACAUUUUUAAUGACACCUCCAUUCAUAUUUUUCCAAACAAAGCCCUUGAAAAGCUAGAUUCAAAGUUUUGGGCAAAGGCAGAUAGACCCUGUUACAACGACACUGAAGAAUUCAUAACAUCUUGUAUGAUUGAGAAGUUGACUUUGUAAAUUGUUAUUUGAAGGUAAAAUGGCAUCUAUUAGUACGAAGCCAGCCCUUGUAACCCUCAGAGGUCUUCUAUCUGAACUACGAAAACAGAGUUCUACUAAGAAGCUUGCGGAUAACCAAAUGGUUCAAUACAUCUUUGGUCAGUACCGUAUGUACCAGAGUACUGACCAGCAACUGUGCAAAGCUAUAGAUGAGAUGCACUUCAAGGCAAAAA